GAUAGGCCUUACUGGAUGAGGCGCGCCAAAAUCUAACUGCAAUUACCAUCUUCCUUUUAAUGGCGUUUCCUUUAUCUUCCUCCAGCAUCUCCCACAAGCUCUUCAUCAAUGUCUCUACCACAUCUUUUGCUCCAAAUCAAACUUUCUUUCCCACCCAUUUAUUAUCUAGCUUCAAUCCAAUAAAGGGUGAAGACCGAGAAAGAUCAGGUCGCCCCAGAAUUGUUUGCUUGUCAAAGAAAGAUCUUGGAAAGGGCUUUACAGAUUCGCAUGGCUUUCCAUUCCUGCUGCACCUGUCAAGUAUAAGUCAGAGAAUGAGCCAGCUCAAAAAUCUCAUUGCUAUCAUUGUCUCUGUUCAGACUUCAUUAUCACUUCCUAUGGUUGCCUCAGAUUCUUGGACUAUAUCUCCCGCAAAUGCAAUCCUAUAUUCACCAGACACUAAGAUUCCCAGAACAGGAGAACUUGCUCUUAGGCGGGCUAUCCCUGCAAACACAAACAUGAAGACUAUCCAGGCCUCUCUUGAAGAUAUAUCAUACUUGUUAAGAAUUCCACAGAGAAAACCUUAUGGGACAAUGGAGGGGAAUGUGAAGAAAGCCUUGCAGAUCGCAGUAGACGAAAAGGACUCAAUAUUAGGAAGUAUACCAGAAGAGUUGAGGGAAAAGGGUUCUUUGGUACAUGCCUCUCUGAUUGACGGAAAGGGAGGGUUACAAGCUCUCCUUCAAUCUAUUAAAACACAGGAUGCUGAUAAGGUGUCUGUAGGCCUUGCAUCUGCGCUGGAUACUGUAGCAGAGCUAGAAUUAUUACAGGCUCCAGGGUUGUCUUUUCUCUUGCCUGAGCAAUACUUGCAAUAUCCACGGCUUACCGGGAGAGGAACUGUUGAGUUUACAAUUGAGAAAGGAGAUGGUUCAGUUUUUUCUCCGGUUGGUGGUGAAGAGAGAAAAACUGCUACUAUCCAGGUUGUGAUAGAUGGAUAUUCAGCACCACUGACUGCUGGGAAUUUCGCAAAACUGGUAAUGGAUGGAGCAUAUGAUGGUUCAAAGCUCAACUGUGCCAACCAAGCUAUUCUCUCAGACAAAGGACUUGAUAAGAACUCUGGUUUUAGUGUUCCCUUAGAAUUAAUGCCCUCUGGACAAUUUGAGCCUCUCUACAAAACAACAUUAGAUGUGCAAGAUGGAGAGCUGCCGGUUCUUCCUCUAUCUGUUUAUGGGUCACUCGCCAUGGCGCAUAGUGAAGACUCUGAGGAGUACUCAUCACCUUAUCAGUUUUUCUUCUAUCUUUAUGAUAAACGAAAUGCCGGCUUGGGAGGCAUAUCCUUCGAUGAAGGACAAUUUUCAGUUUUUGGAUACACAACUGUUGGGAGAGAGAUUCUUCCUCAGAUAAAAACUGGUGAUGUUAUUCGUUCUGCAAAGCUCAUCGAAGGCCAAGACCGCCUUCUGGUGCCGAAAGAAAGCUGAGUACAUAGUAGCUCUCUGCAGUCUUUGUUGCCUGCGCAGAGUAAUCUUUCAUUCUUUGUAAUAGAAGCUGUAUGGCUCGCAACAGCCUGAUUUUCUUGGUGCAGGUUGUGAUGUAUAUUACACUAAAUUGUAACAAUACUUAUUGUGCCAAAUGUCAUUCACCCAAUACUAAUAUAUAUAGCAUACUGUUGAGAGAUUCCCUAAAAAGAGAAUUCUCUUU